AUGGCUGCUAAGAAACUGAGAAGAGCACAGUUGUCUCAGGAGCUUUGUGAAAGGCUGAGUCGCUAUCAGAUCACUACCUGUCAGGACUUUUUAGGUCUUUCCCUCUUGGAGCUAAUGAAAGUGACAGGACAGAACUACUAUGAGGUGCAGAGGCUUCUUUGUAAAGUCAGUCGAGCUUGUGCUCCCAAAAUGCAGACAGCUUAUGAAAUGAAACUAAGGAAGUCUGUCAACCCUUCUUCAGCAUUUUUAUCCACCACACUGCACAGUUUGGAUAGAGUCUUGCAUGGUGGAGUGCCUUGUGGAUCCCUCACAGAGAUAACUAGCCCACCAGGUUGUGGCAAAACUCAAUUUUGUAUUAUGUUGAGUGUUCUGGCUACACUGCCUGUAAGCAUGGGAGGACUAGAUGGAGCUGUUAUAUACAUUGACACAGAGUCUGCCUUCAGUGCUGAAAGGUUGAUUGAGAUAGCAGGAAACAGAUUCCCUAGUUAUUUCAACUCGGAUGAAAAGCUGUUGUGCAUGACCCGUAGCAUUCACCUGUAUCGAGAGCUGACAUGUAGCAGUGUACUGAAGAGGAUUAUGUCUUUGGAAGAAGAAAUUAUUUCAAAGAAAGUUAAGCUCAUAAUAAUUGACUCUGUUGCUUCAGUUGUCAGAAAGGAGUUUGACACAAAACUCCAAGGCAAUCUGGCAGAGAGAAGUAACUUUUUGGCUAAAGGAGCAUCAGCGUUGAAGUAUUUGGCAGAGGAGUUUUCAAUACCA